AAAUUACCAUGCAAAGGACAUGCAGAUGGUUAUUAAGGUGGCUGUUUUCAACUGCGCUGCUAACUCUGGCACAUACAAAAAACUUCAGUCAACAUAACCAGGAAAAGCUUUCCUGCCAGCAAGGUUUCUACUGCCCAGUGGGGAGCAUCAGUCCAUUUCCUUGUCCUAAGGGGACCUAUGGACCGGCUAUGGAUGCUUUGUCCAUUGACAACUGUCUGAAGUGUCCUCCUCACCACUACUGUCCCAGACCAGGUUUGUCUUCCCCCUACUUCUGUGGUCCCAUGGCUCAGCAGCCUCUCCCAGGACAGGACACAUGCAUCUGCCCAGGAGAGGGACAGAGUUUUCAGAUCAGUAAUGGAUGGUGUCAAUGUACCAUUGGCUACCAACCUGCCAACAAUGGAGAUGUUUGUGUACACAAACGGUAUGAAGUCUGCAGAGACGGACAAACACGUACACAGCAUGGAGACUGUCUGGACAAACAUCAGUGGUCACUACACUGCAGACAGGUGUGUCAAUCUGCAGAAGACUACCAGGGCUAUGACAGAGAGCUGGGUCUGUGUGUCUGUAGAGAACCUCCUGGA